AUCAUUCGUUUAAUUAUCGCGUGGGAUUCAGAGCAUUUCAUACGAGACACCCGAGCUGUUUGCUUGUUCCACAAUGCUUUUAUUUGCUUUUUGUUUUUAUCUCACUUUCGCCUGCACUCUGGGGGCAGAGUUCACAUUGGCCGGCGAAUGUCCAGAUGUGAAGAUACAUGAAAAUCUGGACUAUACAAAGUUUUCAGGAGUAUGGUACAACGUAGCCAGCUACGCUAGUGACGGCAGAAACAUCUACGAUUGUGCUUCUUUGGAGUUCCAGGAAGAUAAUCUAGGGUACACUAUUCGGGAAACUUACGUGGAUUUGGACCAGGGCAAUAGGACUCAGAAGUCAUACUUUGCAAGGGUCGACCCUACUUUUGAUGCUGGAAACAAGGCUCAGUUCAUUGUUAGCCAUGAAGACGGAGACAAAGUGCUGCAGUUUCCAUUCUUCAUAUUAACCACGGAUUACGACGGCUUUGCCAUUGCCUACACUUGCAAGACGUUGAAGAAGAAGCUAAGAACUCAUUAUGUCUUCACCUGGGUGCUGUCAAGAAGCAAAGAGAAGUUGCAAGGAGAGACGCUGAAGAAUGUGGAGGAUGCUCUAUCCAAGUACUCCGAACUGGCUGAGCACAGGCAAUCCUUUGUGCUGAAGGAUUUCUCUGAACCCAACUGCGCUUACACUAAUAAAUUUGAGACUGAUUUCUUCACUAGCAACUUUUGGUGAAUUUAAUAGUUGAUGUAAAAUGUGAUCAAAAUACUGUAAUCUCGUGUUUUAUUUAUUUACUUAAAUUAAACUGUUUUAUAUUAUGAAUCA